ACUUUGUUGUGUUUACAAUCAUCUUGUCAUAUGUUUUUAAAGAAAACAAUUGCAUUUAGAUUGACAUUUAAACGAUGGAGUUUAAUUGUGUUAAUAUUUUAAUUGAUGACAACUUGUUGAUUAAUUUAGAACGUGAAACCUCAUCAUUUAUCUUAUUUGGUUUGAAAGAGAUUAACCAGAAAAUACUUAAUGUGAACAUAUUGGCUGUUAGGAGAUUCAAUCCAAAUUGUGAUCAGUUGAUUAUUAAGAGAUUAAUUAAGAGAAGAAAUUUACCCAAAUUAUUAGGAUUCUUGGAUAAAUCAACAUCAUCUUCAGAGUUAUCAGAACGAUCUACAAUUAAAAGUGAAGCUGGAAAAACGUUCUUUGUUCAUCUUUUAGCCAACACCAAUGUUACCAUCAAGGAAUUACUGAUAAAUGGGAAAUGUAAUCAAACUAUUCCGGUUAAUUUGAUUAUCUACAAUUCACAUCAUUUGAUAACAUCUCAUUCCAAAUUUGAUGGACCAGCCAAAUUAAAUCAAUUGGAAGAACCAAUUUGUAAAUUCUGUAUUCAGACUAUUGAGAAAUUUUUGAUUCUCAAGAAAACCAGUGAUCAAUUGGAAAUUCAAUCCUUUAUCCCCUGCAAUCAAGUGUCAAAAGUGACUACCAAUCCACCAACAAUUAAAAGGUCCAACUCAUCAUGGGUUGAUUAUCUUCUUGAUUAUACUACCACCGGUAGAUUAAUUUACCACCGUUUCGAGGAGAGUUUAUUUUGUUGGAAUAACUUCAACAACAAUCUUUUGACUGUGAAGAUCUUCAACAUUAUAAGUCUAAUCAUCGUUGAUUUGAUUCUAAGUUUCUUAUUUUUUCUAAUCAUUUCACAAGUAACCUCUCCAUCUAACCUGUUGGAAUCUUUUCUCACAAUAAUGGAAUCAAUUGUAUCAAAAGUGGAACAAUUGAUUUACAAUCUAAUCGGAAUGCCCGCUGGUCUUAAACUAAAUCGUCCAUUGAACACUGCCCUUGGAAACUUUUUCCUCUAUCAUAUUCACAUUUGGAAAGCUUAUAUUACUCUAAUCCGUCCAUUCUUAUCCCUGGUUCUUGAUCUUCUUGGAUUAAUCAGUUUCUUUGGAAUCACAUUUGUAUUGAGCUUUUUUUCCGAUCUCAUCUCAUUGGCAUCAAUUCACAUUUACUGUUUCUACGGAUAUGCUGCUAGACUUUAUUGUUUCCAAUUGUCGGGCUUAAUUUCCCUGUGGCGACUUUUUCGAGGUAAAAAGUGGAACAAUUUAAAACACCGAGUCGAUUCUUAUUCCUAUGGACAUGAUCAGCUAUUCAUUGGAACAGUUUGUUUCACCAUAUUAAUCUUCCUUCUUCCAACGAUAUUACUUUAUUAUAUUGUUUUCCUAUUUCUCCGUUUGAUCAGCAUCAUAAGUCAAUUUUUCAUCAAACUAGUAAUCGGGAUAAUCCUGUUAAUCCCUUUCUAUGGUUUAUUUUUAUGGAUCUGUGGAUCGGCUCAGAUAAAGACAAAUCUCUUCUUCCAAAUUGUUGAAAUUACCAAAGAAAGACAAUUAACUGUUAAUAUGAUUUUUAAAUCAAUGACUUUAGGUCAAAUCUUUAAUUCUCAUACAUGUAAUUCUGGUAAUCCUUUUAAUUACCAUAAAUUGUUACCAGAUAAUUUUUUCCUUUCAAUUUUGACUGGAUCAUUAAUCUAAACAAUCAAUGUAAACAAUUAACUUACCAACUAUUGAUAUUGUUAGUCUACAAAGAAUAUUAGAAAAUUAAUUUAAUUCUGUCUAAUUGAGUAAUCAGAAAUCACGAAUUUUGAAAACAAUCGCAAUUAAAAACGACCAAGAAAAUAAAGUUUCCCUGAUAAUCCAA